UCUGCCCGCAACCAUCUCACGGCCAUAUACAAACGCGGCUUGCCGUCAGCACGGUUCCAGCCCACCAGAGAGAUUCCAGCGUGCCGCCAGCGUUCGUUCACACCCCUCUCCCCUGCAGCCAGCCGCCAGAGGAGCAGGGGAAAGUGGAUCGACGAUGAUCUGGGGGGUCGCAGCCGCCGUCGCGUCCGCGGCCGCCGUCGCCGUGGCCUCCGGCGCCGAGCUCCUCGCGUGCGACUGCGCCCCGACGGCGCCGACCGCCGCCGCCGCCGUCGUCGUCGGCAGAUGCGACGGGUUCCUCUUCCGACAGCGGCUUUCGCAGGAAUCCUCGUCGUCGAGCGGCCGGGACGACAGGUUCGCGCCGAGGUUCGACGGGCUGCGGUUCAUCCAGACGCUCGUCACGGCGCACCGCUGAAGUCGCCGGAAGCUCGACCCAUCGGCCGGGCGGCUCCCAGCCGACCCUGUUCCUCAGGGGAUUCUUUCCUGCCGCACUCUUCAUGCGAUUCGCGAGAAGAGGCUAUCUGCUAGACGGUUAAUUCGGCGAUUGGCGGCGACUAUGCUGCAAAAUUUUGCUAGGAUAAAUUGAGAUUUUUUGUUUCUUUCUUCUUUUCCUGGUGAUGAUGAUCGUCCUAUUGUUGACUGAUGCCGUUGAAUUGAAACCUUCAAGUGACAUGUGAUGAGUGUAUGUGCCUGUGCUAGCAUUGGUUCUUUACCUGA